AUGAGCAACUUUUCCAACGCUUCAACCUGCUGCGAGGGAACCUUGAGUGAGAACAUCUCGCUGGCGGUCGCCUACGCCUUGCUGGCCGUAGCGGGCAGCUUUGGCAACCUGCUGGUCAUUUACCUGGUUUACUCGGUCCGGAAGCUCCGCAACACCAGCAACGCGUUCAUCGUGAACGUCUGCGCCGCCGACCUGCUGGUCUGCGCCCUCUGGAUGCCCCGGGAGUCGGUGGCCCUGUCUCAGCCCCCGGGGCGAGCCGCCUCCGCGGGUUACCGGACCUUCAGCGGGGGGCUGCUCUUCCUGGGGCUGCUGGUCUCGCUGUUCUCCCACUCGCUCGUCGCCCUCAACCGCUUCGCCCUGAUCACCAAGGCACCGGCCGCCUACCGCAACAUCUACCGGAGGCGCAACACGGCGGGGAUGAUCGCCAGCUCCUGGCUGCUGGGCGCCGUCUUGCUGUUGCCCUGGUUCACGGGGCCGGUCCGCACCCAGCGGCGCAGCCGGCGCUGCCCCCAGCUCCUCAACCGCCCGGAGGGCUGCUUCCUUCGGCUCAGUCCCUACCCCACCUCGGUCGCGGCCAGCGCAAUCCUCGGUCAGACCGCUGUCCUCCUCUACUCCUACUUCAAAAUAUUCCGCAAAGUUCAGGUCAGCGUUAAAAGGGUCAGCGUGCUGAACUUCCAGAUCAUUAACAACCUGUCCUACCCGCUCGCCAGGAAAGACAGGAGGUUGCGCCCCUGUGCCUCCUUCGUCCUGUCGGUCUUCGUCCUGACCACCGAGCCCUUGCUGUGGGUCACCCUGAUCGGCCUCUUCGAGCCGGUCCCCGCCCUCCUCUACAAUGUCUCCUGGCUCCUGCUCUCUCUGCUCUUUGUGCUCAGCCCUUACCUGUACACCCGCAAGAACGAGGAGUUCAGGAAAUCGCUGCGAUCCGUCAUCGGGGCUGAGUUUUGCGGGACAUCGGUCGGUGUGGAACCGAUGAUACAAGUUGUGUCCAGGUGACCACCCACACCA